CAGAAAUCCUGGCACCCAGGAUCCGAGUUGGCAAUCCAUCCCCUCUCCCCAGAUCCCAGGAGGGCAUCCUCUCUGCCUGUGAACAACCUCAUUUUAAGCUACAGGACUCUGGCCUUGAGGAACAGUUGGAAGGGGUAGCUAAUCUCAGCUUUCAACAGGAGCAGUAUCAAGACGGAUCAGAACCGAAUCUCCUAAGCAUGGCCAUCCGACGAGGGCCACGGAAUUUGCCUCCUAUUCCUUCCACUUCAAGAACAGGCUAUGCAGAAUUUUCCAUGAGGGAAAGAAUGAGAGAAAAAUUAAAGGCUGCACGGUCCAAAGCAGAAAGUGCUUUGCUGCAAGAAAUCCCUAGCCCAAGACCCAGGCACUUUGUAAGUCUCAGAGAAGAAGAAGUGACUGAAUUUGGCGAAGAGCCCAGCAAAAAUGUAUUAAGGGAACCACAAGAGGAAGAUUCCCAGAGAUCUACAAGAGUCAGGUUUCAAGAUUCUGGGAGGAAGCCCAAGUUCAAACCACAGGUUCCCCCUGGAUUCCCAUCUGCAGAAGAAGCCUAUAACUUUUUUACUUUCAAUUUUGAUCCUGAACCAGAAAAGGAUGAAACAAAAGACCAAAAAAAAGAGGAAUCUAAUCAGGAGGUAGAAGAAGGGGAGGAAGAGGAAGAGGAAGAGAAACCAGCUCCUGAAGAACAAGCGGAAAAAAUGGAUGAAGAGGAGCUUAUUAAUGAGAAAGAGGCUGAUGACUUCUUGCUUGACUUAGAUCAGACAGCCCAUGAUUUUCUGGCAAUAAAAGCUGCAGAAUAUGAAAGCAUCCAUGCAGUAAAGCAAAAGGAAAAAGAAAUUCUCUUCAGACCCAGUUCUCAUACAGUACCUAUUUAUAAAAAAAUCCCUGAAAAUAUGCAACCAAGAUACCUUGAAGAUGAAGGUCUUUACACUGGAGAAAGGCCAAUAGUCCCUCAAAUUAAUCAAAACAUUAUGGAGAAUCGAUUGCUGAUACAGGAACCAGAGAGAAAGUGGUUUGGUGACGAUGGCAGGAUCCUAGCACUUCCUAAUCCAAUUAAACAAUUUUCUACAAGACCACCAAUAUUCUCACCAGGAGAAGGCAUAGAAGCAGGACUACAAACAUUAUAUAAAAAGGCAGUCAACUCUGUACCCAAUAACCAGUACGUUGUUGGUUCUGGAGACUCUCUGGGUCAGUUUCAACUGGACAUCGAUAUUUCAGGAUUAAUAUUUACUCAUCAUCCCUGUUUUAGCCGUGAGCAUGUUUUAGCAGCCAAAUUGGCUCAGUUAUAUGAUCAAUAUCUAGCAAGACGUCAGAGGAACCAGACAAAAUUUCUUACAGAUAAGCUCAAUGCUCUGAGGAAUGCUGUACACACUCACUCUGAUUCCACCAAACCUCGUGGUUCUGGCCACACAGCUCAGGAAAGCAUGAACAAGUAUCAAUCAGAAAUUCGGCAAACGCGGAGGUUACGUGAUGCUGAAGAAGAAAAAGAUCGAAUAUUGCUUAAGACCAUCAUAAAAGUUUGGAAAGAAAUGAAAUCCCUUCGAGACUUUCAGAAGUUUACCAACACACCCAUAAAACUAUUUUUGAGAAAGGAAGAAGUCGACUGGAAAACAGACGAAAAGGCAUUUGAAACAGAAAUUCAAGCAGAAACAAAUGAGUUAUUAGAAGAGCACAUGGAAGAGUAUGAAAAGAAGAUGGAAGAAUAUAGAAUCGAGUACCAAAAAUGGAAAGCCUGGAAGAAAGCACAGAGGAUCAAGAAAAAGAAAAAGAAGUCAAAAGAAGAACAAGAUGAGGGAACUGAGGAGUCAGAAUAUGAUGAGGAACCUGUAAAACCCACUCCUCCAGAACCUGUUGAUAGGUCUACAAUAGAGCAACAGGUUAGAGAGAAAGCCUCACACAACAGGAGGAAACCUGGAGAGCCUAUUUUAGUCCCUGAGCUGAGCCUGGCUGGAAGUGUGACACCCAAUGAGCUCUGUCCAAGGGCAGAGAUCUUGAGAAGAGAAGACGUAAGGAAGCGUUCGGUAUUUUUAAAAGUCCUUUUCAACAACAAAGAAGUUUCAAGGACAGUCAGUCGUCAAAUAGGCAUGGACUUCCGAGUUCAUUUUGGACAAAUUUUCAAUUUACAGAUACAUAAUUGGCCAGAGAGUUUAAUACUUCAGGUCUAUGAAACAGUUGGCUAUGGCAGCAGUAACUUGUUAGCAGAAGUCUUUUUACCCAUCCCUGAGACAACAGUGUUCACUGGAAGGGCCUCUAUUGAAGAAAUUGAGUUUAGCAGCAAUCAGCACGUGGCACUGGACCAUGAAGGAGUCGGAAGUGGUGAACCCUUUUCAUUUGAAGCUGACGGCAGCAACAAAAUGAUUUUAAUGACCUCUGGUAAAGUGUCAAAUAGCGUUGCCUGGGCAGUUGGAGAAAAUGGGAUACCUUUGAUCCCCCCAGCAUCACAGCAAAAUGUUGGCAUUCGAAGGAAAGUUGAUGCCAUCGCAUCCAUUGGUGCAUCGGGUUUAACGGAUAUGAAGAAGCUGGCAAAGUGGGCAGCAGAAUCAAAACUGGACCCAAAUGACCCAAACAAUGCCUCGCUGAUGCAGCUAAUCACGGUUGCUACCAGUGGAGAUACUUAUGUUCCAGAAUUCUUCAGACUGGAGCAGUUGCAACAAGAAUUUAAUUUUGUUUCAGAUGAGGAGCUAAAUAGAUCUAAGCGAUUCAGACUUCUACAUCUCAGAACCCUGGAGGUACCAGAGUUCCGGAAUUUUAAGCAAGUUCCCAUUUAUGACCGAGAAAUCACGGAAAAGGUAUUCCAGGACUAUGAGAAACGGAUACGUGAAAGAGGUGUAAUUGAAACCAAGGAUCACUUAGAUACUCAUAGAGCUAUAGUGGCCAAAUACCUCCAACAGGUUAGAGAAUCUGUGAUAAACCGUUUCCUAAUUGCAAAACACCAUUUUCUUCUUUCGGACCUGGUUAUAGAAGAGGAUGUUCCCAAUAUUAGCAUUCUGGGUGUAAGCCUCUUCAAGUUGGCAGAACAAAAGCGACCACUGAAGCCCAGGAGAAAAGGAAGGAAAAAAGUUCCAGCACAAAAUCUGUCAGAUGGAGACAUCAAAGUCUUGGUGAACGUCCUUAGAGCUUAUGAUAUUCCAGUACGAAAACCCACAGUCAGCAAACUCCAGCAGCCGUCCCGAUCUUCAAGGCCUUUCAGUGAAACACUUGUGACUUCCCCAUCAAUGCAAAGUCCAGCCUAUACUGUGGACAAUGUACUCAGUCAGGUUUUAGUUCGACCUUUUGUAGAAGUUUCUUUUCAAAGAACUGUUUGCCACACUACUACAGCUGAAGGUCCAAAUCCCAGCUGGAAUGAGGAACUUGAACUUCCAUUUCGAGCUCCUAAUAGUGAUUAUAGCACAGCCAGUAUGCAAUCAGUGAAGGAUGAUAUAUUCAUUAACAUUUUUGAUGAAGCACUCUACGAUGUCUUGGAGGAUGAUCGUGAAAGAGGAAGCAGCAUUCACACUCGAAUUGAGAGACAUUGGCUGGGAUCUGUUCGAAUUCCAUUUAGUACUUUAUAUUUUCAGGGCAGGAUUGAUGGUACCUUUAAAAUAGAUAUUCCCCCAGUUCUCCUGGGCUACAGUAAAGAGAGAAACAUAAUUAAUGAAAGGGGCUUUGAUUCUGUCAGAAGUCUGAGUGAAGGCACCUACAUCACAUUCUUUAUGACUAUUGAACCUCACCUUGUGCCUGGGGAGUCAGUUCGAGAAAAGUUUGAUUCUCAGGAAGAUGAGAAAUUACUUCAAGCAACAGAGAAGUUUCAUGUUGAAUGUGCCCUGAAAUUUCCAAAACGACAAUGCCUUACUACUGUAACUAACUUAAGUGGGAAAACAGUUUUUAUCACACGUUAUCUCAAGCCUUUAAACCCACCCCAGGAGCUCCUAGAUAUGUACCCCAAUAAUCCACAAACAACGGCAGAGCUUGUGGCCAGAUACGUUGCUUUGAUUCCUUUCUUGCCUGAUAGUGUUUCAUUUACUGGGAUCUGUGAUUUAUGGAGCACAUCAGAUCAAUUUCUUGAUCUUCUGGCGGGAGAUGAGGAAGAGCAUGCAGUGCUGUUGUGUAAUUAUUUUCUGGCCCUGGGUAAAAAAGCCUGGCUAGUGAUGGGCAGUGCUAUUCCUGAGGGUCCAACUGCCUAUGUGCUAACUUGGGAACAAAGCCAAUAUUUAAUAUGGAAUCCCUGUAGUGGACGCUUUUAUGGACAGUUUGAUACAUUUUGUCCUUUAAAAAGUGUGGGCUGCUUAAUAAGUCCUGACAAUAUUUGGUUUAAUAUUCAACGGUAUGAUUCUCCAAUGAGGAUAAAUUUUGACAUCACCAAACCCAAACUAUGGAAAUCUUUUUUUUCAAGAAGUCUUCCAUAUCCAGGGCUUUCAAGUGUUCAGCCUGAAGAAUUAAUUUACCAACAUACAGACAAAGUUGCUGCAGUAGAACUACAAGACAGGAUUGAAAAAAUACUAAGGGAGAAAAUCAUGGAAUGGAGACCACGCCACAUGACUCGAUGGAAUAGAUAUUGUACGUCUACUCUACGACACUUCCUGCCUUUGCUAGAAAAGAACCAAGGGAAAGAUAUAGAAGAUGACCAUAGAGCAGAACUCCUCCGACAGCUAGGAGAUUAUAGGUUCUCUGGAUUCCCAAUUCAUAUGGCAUUUUCUGAAGUGAAGCCUUUGAUAGAGGCUGUAUACAGCACUGGAGUUCACAACAUUGAUAUCUCCAAUGUUGAGUUUGCUUUAGCUGUCUACGUACAUGCCUAUCCCAAAAACGUGCUCUCUGUGUGGGUCUACGUGGCUUCACUUGUUCGUAACAAAUGAAUGCUCCACAUCAUGCACUGCAUAAUUGAGCGUGCCACAGAACAAGAAAGACCUGAUUAUACAUUAUAGUCAGUAUGGAAGAAAACAGUGGAUGGGAAGAAACAAAAGGAAAUCAUUCAAAGGAAAGUGAAAACUAUGUCAAUGAAACAUUUAAAAAUACACAGAAGAGACACAAACAAGACAGGUCUGGUACUGUCAUGUAAAAUUGUACUAAAGGUUCAAUUUCAUAGAGGGAAGGGAAAGAGAGGAAAGGGGAAGACAAAGCAGGAGAAUUAUCAGUAAGAAAAGCUCCUGGAAGAGAUGAGAAAAUGGGACACAGAUACAUAUAGAAAGGUGACACCCUAGCAAAGAAAAAGAUCAACUUUUCCUCAGAAACUGGAAAAAGGAAAGAAGUCACAUAGGGGACUCUGAAGUGUGGAUUAGGCGAUAAAAGAGAAUUCUUGAUUCAGGAUUAUAAAAGGUGAUCUUGACUUUUUUCUUAAAAAGGAGGCAAAGAUAUCUACUGAGAAAUUAAUUUCAAGAUAUUUUCCAUAUCCUUAGGUGUUAAUAAAGGGGAUAAACUCUGGCACAAUUGACAUGUCGAUCAGGGAAAAAUAAAAGGAUUAUCUCAAGAGAAACAGAAGUCUUUUGCUUUUUGCUUAAGGCAUUUCUUUAUAUCUACAGCUCUACAAAUAAUGGAUUAGAGAACAUCAAAGCACAUGUAAAAUUAAUUUGGCAGUGUGUAGAGUGGCAAGAAGUGUGUUUUAUCUUGCAAAAUAAUUCUAAUUAAGCUUGUGAUAAAUUUCAAUAGUGGAUCUGGAUGCAUCUUUAAAAGUAUUUUCUACUACAAGACUUUUUUGAAAACUGCUCUCAAGUAAAGUUUUAGGUUAAAACAUACAUUUGUUUUCAAUAGCUGUUCUGCCCAAGGCCUAAAUGACUUCCAUUUCAGCAAAUAGUAAUUUUCAAAAAUCUAAACUGAAUAAACAAUGAUAAGUUGUUCAACAUCCACUAGUUCUUACACCAAGGUAAUCAACCAACCAACAUAGGGUUGCAAUGGGAUGUUCAAGUGUAACUCAAAUAACAGACAGCACCAAUUUAUAAGAUUAGCACAAAGCAGUUCCAAUUGACUCAGUUCAAGCUUACGUCUCCCUCAGACUGCUAUUUUAAUUGCUCUGAUUUAUUCUAUACUUCUGUCAAGGAAAAUUCAACUAUAUCUUAUCAUCUAACCACAAACAUUUAAGUUCAAGCAAUGAUUUUUUUAGUUACUGAUACGUCCAAAGAAAAAAUUGAUAGUCUAAAUGCAGAUCAAAGCAUACUAUUUUUCACUUUAUUUGUAUUUUUUCUUUGGGACUGUGUCUUCUCUCACAACACAACUAACAUGGAAAUGUUUUGUAAGACUGAGUACGUAUCACAUAUCAAAUUGCUUACCAUCUCAGGGAGG